CAGGCCACUACCACCCACUUGGCUUCCAGCUACCAACGAUUGGCCCUCAGCAGCAAUAAUUUCCGGAUAGGCAUCAUUUUCCUCGCUGCCUUUUUAACCAAUCACAAGUUCAGAAGUGGCAGUUAUGCACCAAUUAAAAGUGGUGGCAGAAAGACGCGCGCUAAUUGUGCCCCGCCCCAAGACAAGGAGAGAGUAAGUAGCAAUUCUUUUCCCCUACAAAUUCAUCCCAUUUGCAUGCUGGUUGCUUGCACUGGUCCCAUAACUACCUUCUUGCAUAUUCAUCACUCAGCAUCCGGAAUUUCUAAUUUUCUGGAACAAAUCAUGCAUGUAUGACAGAAAAUCAAACAGGGCUCUGGUGUCAGAUAGAGAAGAGUAAAUACAGGGCAUCAACAUAUCCCAAACCAAUAAUCAUCAUCCGAUAGCCUUGAACAUGUGCAGUUUGGUUUUGUGGAAUCCAUUUCCUGAAACUCCCACUUCGAGCUCCGCACAGGAAGGGAGCUGAACAGAAGCUUUUUCAGUCAGCUGCUGCAACUGUUUCAGCUCCAUUUCCAUCUUAUCCAGUCUUGAAUCUCUUUGCAUAGCUUCCCGCUGAAGCCGAGUAAUUUCAGCACGGAGAGAUUCGAUGCUAUCUUCAUUCGUAUGAGAGCGGUGGUUAUGGAGUGAGAGAUAUCCCUUUCUGGUAAAUCCUUCUCCUGAGCUGCGAUCACAGUCUAAAUAAGGACACAUCCACUUUUUGCUGUUCACUUGAUGAGUUGUGAAUAGAUGACGGCGCAUGCUAGUUGCCUGGGUAAAUCGUUGGUUGCAAUCUGGGUUUGUGCACUUGUAUGGGCAGUCAUGUUUAUCCAUGUGUCUGCUGUUAAGGUACUUAGCACAUAGUUCAAGAAAUAGGAACUAUAGCCAAAAAGGGUGGCACAUACUUCCACUCACUGCGUCCCUCGAAGAUAUAUGAUCGUGGCAAUCUGGGUGAUCACAGUAUAUCUGGCCGGCGGCAGUCUUGGGCGGCUCCCUCAUUCGCCUUGCAGCCAGUCUCGGUUCAGAAUCAUCAACCACGACUGGCGGUACCUCCUGAGCCAUUUUGGUUUCUUAACUCUUUGCUCUUUGUCGCCGAAGAAAUACUUUGACCAACUGGACAGAUAACCACACCGCGGCUAUUACAACUGUCCAGAAGGCAACGCCAAACAAGAUAAAAGAAAGGAUAAAAACUAGAAACCAGCUUAAAAGUCUUUUGAAACAGGGGCUGAGGAGAUGGUUGAGAUUGGUCAUUUGUUUUGGAUUCUGUGAUCCCAUGCCGGCUAGCAGAAUGGUGGGUGCAACGCCUCUCUUUAUGGAGUCUAGCAAGAGGCACAAUAAGAUCCAGAGUGCAAGCCAGCCUUACCUUGACCACAUUGCUUCCCGCCCGGGGCACUCAGAUUGGGCCCCUGGAAUUUGUUAGCACAGAAAUCAUGAACAAACGGUUGCUGACCCGGGAAACUAUACACGGCUAGGUAGAUCAAGGGAUGGGCUCGUGGCUUGCUGCAUCUUUCGAUGGAAGAUGACCCCUGGAGCAAGAGCCAUGUCUCUCAUUUGCUUUGAUGAUCACCACUAGCCCCCGUUGCCUUGUGCAAAUGCAGGCCGGCCAUCCAUGCUUGUUACCCACCGGGAGGAAGUUGCUCCUGUAGCUGCAUGAGGAGGGGUAUUAUCAUUUCAGCCCGCCUGAGCUUUUUUGCCUCGUUAUGCGCAUGCGCCCUUUUACAUGCAUGCACAGUUUUGGCACCAGCGCUUUAUUUCUGACCCGGGAACUACAUACACCGCUGGCACGGGGUCCAGUUGCAACUGGCGGAUCCUGUCCCUCUUGUCUCCUAUUGCGCCCUAUGCUUGCGCCUUGUUACAUACAUGACGACGCAGAGAAGUGAGUUGUCAAAAUUUACUAUGCUGCUUGGCGGCCGGUGCUGGUUCUAAGAUUGUUCCGCCGUUCUGGAAGCAUAAAAGGACAGGAGCAGCCCAUAAUCUUGGUCUGUAUUUUGGUAUACUGCACUGCAAGUUCCUUCCCUACUAUCGAACCGACAUCCCUACACCACGAGCUGUUCCCAAAAUCAAGAACAAUGGCAAUCACCCGCUCUGUCACCGACCCGUCUGGCAUCGCCGCAUCUCGUGUAGCCGCCGUGGCGAGCAUGAUACGCGAGGUGGAACAUUUUAAGGCGCUUAAAAAGCUCCUUGAAAAAGCACAGGAUCAAUUCUUCGAACUGAUAUGCGCCAAUGAUCCAGUUCAGGCCGCCUAUGUUACACUGGAAGAGGCUCAGGACCUCGUCCUGAAUCGCAAGUCGGAAAAGGAAAGCAGCCUGGACAACGAACAAGCUACGCUCAUCUGGAAAUUAGAAAUUCCGGAUUGA